AUGGAGUCCGGCUUACGAAAUCGUACCCAAGCAUCGUCGUCUCCGAGCACCGUGGCAGUCAACGGCGAUGUACACGAGGCGAGUGAACUUCCACCAAGUGACGAGCCACAGACUCCCGAAACUACACGCUUUGCAUCUGUAGUCCGAACUGGUUCGAAAGGCCUGCAAUCACUGGUCACCACUGGCUCUUGGUCGACCCAGAGUCCACAGGAGCGGGAGUCAUUCAAUAAGCUGCAUGGGUAUGACAACUUUAAAUAUGACAAAGGUAUGUGA